GGCCUGCGGGCCGGGGGUGGGGUGGGGAGAGCGGCGCCGCUCCGCGCCCCCGCCCCUGCCGGGCCCCUGCGCCGGGCUGCGGGCGACUCCCGACGCUGGGCGGGUCCCCGGGACGCGGAGUCUCCCGGGACGGACAGACAGACGAACGGACGGGGGGUCGGGGCCGGUGCGGGGGCGCUGCGCGGGGGCCUGGGCUUCGGGAGCGGCCGGCCGGGGUCCUGCGCCCGGAGGCUGGCGGCGGCCUCGGCGGCCUCCCUCCCACAACGGGGCUGCGCUGCCCCGGCGCGCACCGCGCGUCCGUCAGCCCGGUCCCGAAGGUUGGGCUGGGGGUGGCCGGUCCGCGCGGUCCCUCGGCGACGGCGGUCGUCCCCGGUUUAGGGUCCUUGAGUUCCACGGAGUAGUUCCGAGCCCCCCCUUCCUCCCGUCUCGGAAACGCGAUCUUUUGGUCGGAGCGCCCUAAAUACUGCUUCCGAAGGAAUGGAAGUUCAGAAUUCUGUGUUCGGAGCGUGACUGCUUACUGGGUGUUUCUCGUGUGUAGUUUUUACCACCUGCAAGUGGGCCGUUAACGUGCUGGCCCACUGAAGGGACGAUGGAUGCUGCCGGGGACAAAAGGUCCAUCCUCACCCCGCGGAGCUGCAUUGCCGUGGGUCCUGAAGCCGUCACGUUGACCUUGAAUUCAUGCAGGAGCGUUUCAGUGACUUAAUAUAAAAGAUGUGAAGUCCUCUAUGCUUUUACCAUGAAGGCCAUUUAUGCUUCCUCUGGUAGCAGGGGGACCGCGAAGGACAUUCCUGCCCGCCUCCCCCUUCACUCCCUGCCCCCAGAGCAUGGUCUGUUACGGUGAAAUCUGAGAAGAACCCUGAAUUAGGGCCUUUGAUUGUGAAGAGUCCUUUGCUCAGGAAUGCAAGCUACUGGUUGACCACAGAUCCCUAGGCCUCACAAGUGUGGAGACCUCCCAGAGUCAGACACCAUGUCCACGGCAGGAGUUGCUGCUCAGGAGAUUAGAGUCCCAUUAAAAACUGGAUUUCUGCAUGAUGGCCAAGCCAUGAGGACCGUGAGGACCUGCUGGGGUGGCCGCAGUGAGUUUGAAAAUCACUUUUUGAACAUUGACCCAAUCACCAUGGCCUACAGCCUCAACUCUACGGCUCAGGAGCACCUAACAUCUCUUGGGCACGCGGCGACAUCUGGUCCGAAGAACAGCAGCCACUUCGCAGAAAAUGGCCCCGCUCAGAAGCCCAGCCUGGCCCCUCUUAUUAUUCCCCCGGGCGAAGACUUGGGGCAGCGUGAAGAGGAGCGAGUCGUGUGUGGUUUUAAGAAACUCUCAGUGAACGGGGUCUGUGCUUCUCCUCCUCCGCUCACCCCCAUAAAGAACCCCCCGUCCCCCUUCCCCUGCGUGGCCCUCUGUGAGCGGGGCUCCAGGCCCCUCCCGCCGCUGCCCAUCUCGGAAGACCUCUCUCUGGACGAGACAGACUGCGAGGUAGAAUUCCUCACCAGCUCGGACACGGACUUCCUCUUAGAAGACUGUACGCUCUCUGCCUUCAAGUAUGAUGUUCCCGGCAGGCGAAGCUUCCGUGGGUGUGGACAGAUCAACUACGCAUAUUUCGAUACCCCGGCUGUCUCUGCAGCAGAUCUCAGCCAGGCCCCUGACCAAAAUGGAGGGGUGCAGAAUUCAAAUCCUCCUCCGUCUCAGACCCACCGAAGACUAAGAAGGUCUCAUUCAGGACCAGCCGGAUCCUUUAACAAGCCAGCCAUCAGGAUAUCCAGCUACAUACACAGAGCUUCUCCGAACUCCGAUGAAGACAAACCUGAGGUGCCCCCCAGGGUCCCCAUACCUCCGAGGCCAGUGAAGCCAGAUUAUAGAAGGUGGUCAGCAGAAGUUACUUCGAGCACCUACAGUGAUGAAGAUAGGCCUCCCAAGGUACCACCCAGAGAACCUUUAUCCCGGAGUAACUCCCGCACACCCAGCCCCAAAAGCCUCCCGUCUUACCUCAAUGGGGUCAUGCCCCCGACGCAGAGCUUUGCCCCUGAUCCCAAGUAUGUCAGCAGCAAAGCCCUGCAAAGACAGAACAGCGAAGGAUCUGCCAAUAAGGUUCCUUGCAUUCUGCCCAUUAUUGAAAAUGGGAAGAAGGUUAGCUCGACACAUUAUUACCUACUACCUGAGAGACCACCGUACCUGGACAAAUACGAGAAGUUCUUUCGGGAAGCAGAAGAAACAAACGCAAGCACCCAAACCCAGCACCUGGGUGCUGACCACAGUGCCGUCUCGGCCGCAGACAAGCUGGACUCGAAGACAAAACUGGAUCCAGGUGGCCACGUGAAGCGCAAACAUCUGUCCUAUGUGGUUUCUCCUUAGGCUCUGGGGUCGCGGUCCGGCAGCGGCUCCCUGGGAGCAAAUGGUUCUCAAGCCACUUCCCCAUUUGGUUGCGGUUCACAGGGAAAUGUUUCCGAUUGCAGCAUAAAAUAGUGGAACCCUCUGUGUUAGAGACAGAGAGGGUCAGCAGCCAUGGGGCACGCUCGUGCUGAGAAGCCCAGAUCUUGUUGGCGUCGGAGAAGAGUCUGUUCCAGCCUGCAGUGUAAGGCUGUGCUGGCGGGGAGGGAAGGCUGGGGAACCUUUGACAUGUGUAUACGUUAGAGACCUGCAGAAGCCUGUGGGGCAACCUCAGGCCAUAGUCGCAGGGUGACCAGUUAGUUGCUACCUUAGAGUAACAUGUAUUCAGAAGGAUAAAACAAGCUGGAGGACAACUCCUGACCGAAAAUUGAGCAAAUGGAAGAAAACACAGUAUUGUUUAGAUCGGAAUCCUAAAACAAAACAAAAAAACCCGUUUUUGCUUAGUUUGAAAGGGUCUGGCUCUCGGGCCCGGGAAGUUCUUCUGUCUCCUUUAUUUCUGCAAGCAGUCUGUGCCCCGGGGGGCAGGGCGCACGUCCGUCCGUCCGUCCGUCCCAUGGCUCCACCUGCCCGGUUUAAAAAUCGCCCCGAGGCCCGGGUGCCCCUGGGUUUUGCCUCCUGCUCCGUUGAGGGGAGGUUGGCAGUGCGCUGGGCAGCCGGGUUUUCCCCUGCGCACGUGUGUCUCACCCCUUGGGAAGCGAGAAGAUCCCGGAACCCAUCAACGGUUCUUGCUGACAGUUCCUGCUCCGCUCUGCCCGCUGACGCCCGUUGCGCAGGCCUCGCAGCUGUGGUGGGGGGCACGGCCGACUCCUGCGGAGAAGCAGACCGUUGGCCCGUGUUCAGGAUGUCAUUUACGCCAUCGAGAACCAGCUGUGUGACUGAGCGUCACUGGGGGCGUGUGGGGGGUUUUUUUGGUUUUUUCGGUUUUUCGGUUUUUUUAGACUGCAUUAAUAAACAAAGACAACACAAGCUGGCCUUGUGUUGCUGGUUCCUACUCAGUAUUUCCCGGGGAUUGUUUGCUUUUUGAGCAAAACGCUUCUGACCAACCGUGCAGCAUGGUCCAGCACAGGUCACGUCGGCGUCUUCCUGCUUUUGAGACUCUCCCGGCCGGCGGCUUCCCCCCGAGUCAGCGAGACCCCCGGCACGCGCUGGGGUCGCCCCGUGCUUUGAGGUACGGGUCUUGUAUAGAUAAGCACAAAAGAGAAGGUGCUCACUAACCGAGGGACAUUACUACAAUGUUCUCUUAACAGUUAAACAAGCUGUUUACAGUUUAAACUGCUGAAUGAUACUAUUUGAGCUAUUUAAAGCUUAUAUUUUAGUAUGAACUAAAUGAAGGGUAAGACAUGCUUUAGAAAAAUGCACUGAUUUCUGCAUUAUGUGUACAGUGUUGGACAAAGGAUUUUAUUCAUUUUUGUUGCAUUAUUUUGAAUAUUGUCUUUUCAUUUUAAUAAAGUUAUAAUACUAUUUAUGACACCGUUAACAA